AUGUAUGCAAUCGUUUUUGGAUGUGAACGCUUUCAUGACUAUUUGUUUGGCCAAGUUCACAUCACUGUUCAAUCUGACCAUAAGCCACUUGAGACAAUAUUGAAAAAACCAUUACAUUGUGCUCCGAUGCGUUUACAACGCAUGAUUCUAAGAAUACAUUCUUACCCGCUGGAUGUUAAAUAUAAAGCUGGUAAAGAACUUUUUAUUGCUGAUGCUUUAAGUCGAGCAUACGAUUCCUCAGAGUAUUCAUCCGAGAAGGAAGAGGAAAUAUAUGAUGUCAAUCUUCUUGAAUAUGAAGAUAUGAAAGAAGAUGUGUACAAAACACUUGUACAAGAGACCAAAAAUGAUUCACAAAUGCAAUCAUUGUAUAAAAUUGUACAAAAAGGCUGGUCAGUGAAAAGGUCACAAGUAUCUCAAGACGUAGUCGAAUAUUGGAAUUAUCGAGAUGAGAUAACGGUCUGUGAGAAUUUACUUCUCAAAGGAGAGCGUAUAAUAAUUCCAACAAAACUGAGACCGAAUAUAUUGGAGAGAGUUCAUAUUGCUCAUUUUGGAAUCGAAAAGACAAAAUCAAGAGCAAGAGAUUCUGUCUUUUGGCCAAAUAUCAUUUGGCCAAAUAUCAAUGCUGAUAUAGAAGAUUAUGUUUCCAAGUGUAAAACAUGCUUGAAACAUAGAAGAAGUAAUCAAAAAGAACCUUUGAUUCCACAUGAGAUUCCAAACAUACCUUGGUCUACAGUUGCCUCAGAUAUAUUUUACUACAAAGGAAAAAAUUAUCUGUUGGUUGUUGACUACUUUUCAAAAUAUCCAGAAAUUGCGAGAUUGCAGAAUAAGACAAGUUAUUCUGUAAUAUCAGCUAUGAAAGAAAUCUUUGCUCGCCAUGGCAUACCUGAAAAAAUUGUAGCUGACAAUAUGCCAUUUAACAGUUCAAAUUCUGCAGAGAUUGGGAAAUACAAAUUGUAA